AUGGGAGAUAACCCCACGCUAGGAAAUGAGCUGGAAAGCUUCAAGUGGAGAUGGGGGGCAAUUAAGCUCCAGGGCAAGAGAGGGGCUCUAGCUGGGUUUGGAGUAGGCAGAUGGAGGCAGAUGGAGGUUGGCUCGCCUAAGCGGCGGGGAGGAAUGCGAUCACGAUGUGCCCCUGCAGCUCCCCUGCCUAUCCAAGUACAGCUGGCAGCUGGCAUACAUCUGGCAGUACCGUUCAACCUGGCGCCUCCUCUCAAAUAUUUCCGUCUACUUGGNGAAUUUCUCCUAGGGCUGGCUGAAGUACCAGCCAACCGUAACACAAGCGUUUGGGUGAAAUUCUUAACGAAACGAGAGCAUUGGGAUGGGCGGCUGCUUGCUAUGCGUCCUUAUUUGGGUGAUCUUCGCUUUGUUGGCAGUCCAGACCGAGUCCAUUCUCACUCCAUGCGUGAGCAACGAGGGAACCAUUACUACGCAUACAGAUGA